GUGAGAGCCAUGACGUAUGUGAUCAACCAGGGGAUGUCCAUGUACUGGGGGACAUCUCGAUGGACAGCCAUGGAGAUCAUGGAGGCGUACUCUGUGGCCAGACAGUUUAACCUGAUCCCUCCGGUGUGUGAGCAGUCUGAGUACCAUCUCUUCCAGAGGGAGAAGGUGGAGGUCCAGCUUCCAGAACUCUACCACAAGAUAGGUGUCGGGGCAAUGACGUGGUCUCCGCUGGCCUGUGGCAUCAUCACAGGGAAGUACCAGAACGGCAUCCCAGAAACCUCCAGGGCAUCCAUGAAGUCAUCUCUCAACAUCCUGGGUACCUGGACGGAUGUUGAAUACCGCCUUGAGAGACCUGCCUGA